CUGCAAGAUGUCAGCCCACACACAUGCAUUUGAUUUUAAAAUUCCAUCGGAAAUUAUACAAAAUCCAGUGUUGUUGAAGACAGUCCAACAAAAUAUUUCCAACUGUUUACUAAAGCCUGUUUGUACUACUGGUGCAGGAGACACUGUAGGAGAUGGAUACACUAGAUGUCAAGAAAUAGAGCCAGUUGAUGGUCGGCUAUACAUAUUUACAUCAUCAACCAAUCAAAGUCAUGCUGUCUUAAGGUUUUAUCCAGAUGGGGGUGUGACAUUGGAUAUCCAGGCCCCAGUGAAUCCUAAAUGCAGUCCCAUCUUCACCGAACAAAAACUUGAUGAAAUCCAGAAAAGUGUAUCAGACACAAUCCAGGCAGUCAAAUCCACCAGAUUACCCCCCAUCAAGAGGAACCCAGCUGUUGAUGUGUAUUUUCCCACGCAGGCUAACCUGCUGGUGGAGUAUGACUUCACAGAAUGUGUAUAUGAGGCUGAUUCACCUUACCAGAACAUCAAGAUAAUGCACUCUACACAGUUUGGCAACAUGCUUAUCCUGGAUAAUGACCCAAAUUUAGCUGAGAGUGAUUUGGCUUAUACACAAGCAAUAACCGGCAAUGGUCGUGAAGACUACUCCGAUAAAACAGUGCUGAUCCUUGGAGGUGGAGAUGGGGGUAUACUCCAUGAGUUACUAAAGGAGAAACCCAAACAUGUUAUAAUGGUGGAUAUAGAUGAGUUAGUUGUGAAGGCUGCACCAAAGCAUCUUCGUGGAAUAUGUUAUGACUCACUAGACAGCCUAUCAGGUCCAAAUUAUGAGGUCUUGAUUGAAGAUUGUAUCCCAGUAUUGAAGCAGUAUUCAGAGAAGGGCAGGGUGUUUGAUUACGUCAUCAAUGAUCUCACGGCAGUUCCUUGUACAACAGAGCCAACUGGAGAGCUCUGGGACUUCUUACGGCGUAUACUGGACCUGUCAAUGGAGGUCCUGUCACCACAGGGCAAAUACUUCACUCAGGGCAACAGUUUUCUGAUGAAGGAUGCAUUGAAAAUGUAUGAAGAACAACUGCAGAAGCUUAGCAGCCCUGUGGAAUUUAAGAAGGAGACAGUCUGUGUACCAUCCUACCUAGAAAUGUGGGUGUUCUAUGAAAUCUGGAAGACGAAUACUACACAGGCAAACACCAGCAUUGAAGAUUACAAGAAACCAAUAUGAACAAGUAGUUGUUCCUGUUGAAUUGGACAUUACUGUCUUGGUGUAUCGCAACUCACCUAAUAUUGCAAUAUGAUGAAGAAAAGGAGCACAAUCAAUUGGGGAUAAGAGAAGGAGCACAAUCAAUUGGGGAUAAGAAAAGGAGCAGAAUCAAUUGGGGAUAAGAAAAGGAGCACAAUCAAUUGGGGAUAUGUAACAUUAUAACGGAUGACAUGUGGCACAUUAUGAUGAAAUGGUGAUUUUAUGAGGGUGGAUAACAAUGAAUGGCAAUACUACCAGGACAUA